AGAAAGAGGAAGAGAGAAAUAGGAGAGAGAGCAGAGGCGAGGAGAAUAAGAGAGGUGGUUCCGAAGGUGUUCCGGAGGGACAAGUAAGACAAGUUUUUAGAGUGCACUCGCUUUUCUUCGUUCGGGGGAAGAGGGUGAAUAAGACGGCGAUGGACGGAUGGUGGAGCCUCGGUGGUGCUCUUUUUCUACUUAUUGCUACACUCCUUACUCUCUAUUUCUACAAGAUCAAUUGGAUCAAGGAUCUGAGACUAGAAGGCAAUGGCAAAAAGGUUUUAGCAAAUCAUUUGGAUUCGAAGAAACGAAAAUUGGGCAAACUUCCCCCGGUCUAUCCGAACGGAUGGUUCGCUCUGUUAGAGAGCUACCAGUUAGGCAAGAAAGAAGUGAAACAUGUGGCUGCCCUUGGACAGAAUUUUGCCAUUUACAGAACAGAUAACGGGACGGUGAGGAUUUUAGACGCGUACUGCCCUCACCUGGGCGCGAACAUGGCAGAGGGUGGUCGCGUAAAGGGUGACUGUUUAGAAUGUCCCUUUCACGGCUGGCAAUUUCGCGGAUCGGACGGACAGUGUGCUUAUAUUCCAUACGCAGAUAAAAUACCACAUAUUGCAAAAACUAAAACUUGGAAAUGUUGCGAGGCUAACGAGAUCAUAUUCGUUUGGUAUCAUGCAGAGGGAUUGCAACCACAUUGGGAACCGCAAACGAUCAGCCAAGUUUCAACUCGGGCGUGGCGUUAUCGGGGUCGAAACGAAUUCCUCAUCAACUGCCACAUACAGGAAGUCGCGGAGAACGGCGCGGACUUGGCGCAUUUGAGCGCAGUACAUGGACCACCGAUAUUUUCAAGCAAAGUCACGAACUAUCUCUCGUCUUUCGCCCGACACUCGUGGUCGAACGUUAAUUGGACACCACAUAAUUCCUACUUGGAGUUCCAAGAAUCCGAGGACACCGGAUCAAAGAAACCGGAUGGCGAGAAUCUAAGGCACAGAGCGUACAUGACUCUAAGGCAUCGGCUGAUACUCUUCGAGAAAUUUAAAGUUAUGCACCUGGACGUGGACGUCCAACAAGUAGGCCCGGGAUACGUAGAACUAAUGAUGCACACUCCUUUGGGGUCCAUGUGCAUAUUUCAGACGGUCACACCCAUGGAACCCCUUUUACAAAAGGUGACUCAUGUAAUGUAUUCUCCACGAUAUCUCGCCCCAUACGCAAGUAUGUUAUUCCUCGGGGAGUGUUUAAUGUUCGAAAGGGACGUAGCUAUUUGGAAUCGAAAGAAGUUUGAGAAGCAACCGCUUCUCGUUAAAGAAGACAAAAGCAUACUCGCUUACCGCAGGUGGUACGCUCAAUUCUAUUCGCAGCACAGUCUGAGUUAUCAUUCUGCCAUGAGAUCGUUACAAUGGUAACUGAUAACCACUUAACGAGAAAUUCGAUAAGAUUGUAUAUCAAUAGUUAUAAUUGUAGCAAUAAAAAUUAUAAAAAAUACUGGCUACUCCGAAUAAGUAUAUUUUAACGUAACGAUGAUACACAUAUGUACUGAUUUUACUUGUAUCAUGUUAUAUGUAUAAGAAUCUUUUAACAAUAAGUACAAA